AUGAUACAAGUCCUCACCGAACAAAACAAGCGCCUGAUGGACCGGAUCCAAGAUGUCGAGGCGACGUUGGCUGCUUCCGCGAGCACUGCAGGACAGUCGGUUGGAACAACGCCGUUUGCGAAGGGUGCAAAGCGGAAUGCCGAUGUACCUGAAUCGGAACUGGCACCGGCGAAGAAGAGCCGAGGCGAAGCCAUUAUGCCGUCCACGUUGUGGUUUCAGUGGUUCACGCUGGUCCACGAACCAAGGCAACGAUGGAAACCGUCGACGCCGCUCGGACAUGAAGCUGCUUGUGGAUGCAGCCUAGAUGAGCACAAGGAUGAAUACCGCGACGACGUACUCAAGCUCGGGAAGUCAGCAGAGGUGAAGUUGGGAUUAUAUUUUAAAGAAAAAGGAAUCAAAGCUAAGGCGGGCGGUGCGUGCUUGAGGAAACUGCGUGAGCUACACUAUGCUGGGCACUUGGAUGGCCACAUUCAACGCUUUGAUGGGCUGUUUCGUGCCGGGCUAGUCGAAGACCCAUCGCCUUUGUCAUCGAUUAACCAGCUACGACCAUUGCAAUUGAACGCGUCAAUUUGA